AUGGAAGUGAAACGUAUGUCAACUACUGCGCGACCAAACAACUAGGAAAUAAAUAACUCAAAAAUACUUUCUAUUAUUUAACUUGAUAACUAUGGAUUUGAAGAAGCUAGUUAUAAUGUCGAGUGUUGGCCGCGGGAGAGGGUACACCGGUCGGCAUCAUUUGCGGGAACAACGGCCCGGUGACGAUCGAGACACCGAGUCUGACGCCGCCGCUAGAACACUGGCUGAACUAAGUCCUCGAUCCACUGACCCAACAAGAAUGGAAGUUAAAAGAGAACCGGAGAGAGAGUCCGUCGAGCCUGAGAGAGCGGAGACACCAGAAUUACCGGACCCCGAGUCCCCGGGUGAAGAGGACUCUACUCUGAAAGAUUUGCUCCGGGUCGACGAACAAUAUGUCCCUUUACUGACUUUGUUAGAACAGUUCUCUCCUGGAGAAGACGGCAUCCAGUUCAAUAGGAAACUUAGACACUUUGAGACCACUGUCUCAUCCAUGUGUCCUGAUGAGUCGCGGUUGCAACAAGCGUUCGCGACGUUCCGCGCGGCCGCCCUACUGAGCCCGGUGACGGCGCGCAAGCUGGCCGCGGUGGGGGCGUCGUUCACGCGCCAACAGAGACAACAACUAUUGCGCGGAGCCCUGCUCAAUGUAGUAAUGCAAGGGACUUUCUCGAAAUUGGACGUACUGGAGCGCUCAAACCCGCUGUUCCUCAUCAACGCUGCGAACCUGAUGGGGGAUUACUUCGCGGAGGCUCGCCUCUGUAAUGGUAACAAGGUUCACAUCCUGGCCGGGCCACUCCUGCAAUAUUUGCGUGCCUUACUCGCCGCCCAUGAUGUUCGUGCACAUCGCAGUCUCGCUACCCAACUAAUGCAAAACGGUCGUGAACUACUCUCCGUACUAGCUCAAGAACUGGAUGAACUCUCCAUCUCCAUCCGUCUCCGUCUGCUCUCGCCCCCACCAGUCAGCACAAUAUGGCUCUUACUAUCCGCAGAUCUCUGUCUCAACAAAUUCCUCCCACUACCGAACACAUUACAACAAUUCUACGCCGCCCACCUUGAACUGACCACAGAGGAAAACUUCAGCGAAGUCAGCUAUGGCUCCUGGAAAAAAAGCCCUGAGAAGGAUGAAUACAGACCUGAUGCUAGCGAAAUAGCGGAAAAAGUGAGCCAAAAUAUAUCGCAGAUUAGCCUAAACAACAAUGAGGACACGAAGCCUAAAUUGAGACCGAUAUUAGGUGCUGGUGCUGGACUGCUAAGACAAGAACAGGCGCUAUCAGUGAGCCAGGACACAUUUGAAACGUGGACAGCUAAAAAUAACCUCAACAAACGAUAUGACCUCAACUCCUGGCGACAGCCGGAGGAAGAAAAGAAGGAAGAAUUAGAGUUCCAACAGACUGUGUUACCACCUGUACAACCUUUUCCCGUACCUGAUUACCCACCGCCGAACAUAAAUAGAUACAACUAUUCUGAAAAUUUCGUCAACUAUCUUCAACAAGGGGACGGCGCGUAUAUACAAAACCAGUAUACAAACGUUGCUUACAACCAACAAGGGGGGGAUAACUUCCAGAGUUACCCAGAGAGGAAUGUCUCCCAGACCCCAGAAAGGCCCGUCGAAAGAGUCGCCGAAAGGACCCCUGUACCCCCAAUGCCUGAGCGAGUAAACAAUGAGAUACAGAAAAACAGUAACCGGAGACCAGUAGAGAAUUGGAGAAAAGAAAAAUCCGAAGUCAAGGACGACCCCAACAGAAAUAGACAAAGAAAUUGGACUAGACAGAAGUCUAAAGAUAACGGCAGUGAGGAUGAGGACAAAGAGAAGUAUAAAGAUCGGUCUACAUCGAGAAAUAGAGAUGGUAGAGCAGGGAGAUUGAACAGAAGGAGUAGUGGAGAAGAAGAUGGGACUACUGUAAAGGCGGCCCCAAGACGCCAUGUCACUGAAGUACCGCGCAGCGCCAAAUAUUGGGACCACGACGACCGAUGUGACAAAGAUUAUAACAGUUAGUAGGAACUAUUUCUAAUACUAUAAUAACUCAAACAGGUGCGUUGUCCAAAACGGGGCAUAUGACCCCACAGGGCUUCAGACCCCCAAAAGUUAUAGUGAAUAUUUUAAUUGCUCAAAUAAAAUUGUGAAUUGCACGAAAUUUGAAAUAUUUAAACCAUAGAUUAUGAUUAUAUGGGGUCGAUAAUGCCCAAUUUAAAAUAUGUUAAAAGUAGAUGUGUUCACUGAUAAUAUUCACUAUAACAGUAUAUAUUUCUGGUAUCACCAGAAAUGGGUAACAACGCCACCUAUGGUGAUUUAGAUUAAUGGACUUACUAACAUUGGACUAUUAUUAGUGAAAUUAUAAAGUGAUAUGGACACUAUUAGUGCAAGUGACAUUUUAGUACCAGAAGUGGAUGCCAGUUGGAAAAUUUUAGUGUUAAAAUACGUACAUAGAGGUAAUGUACCCAGUCUGGGAGGCCGGGGAUCGAUUGUCCGAUUUUAUGCUGGAUGAAUUUAGUUUUCAUAUAAAUUUCAUAUGGAAAUUGUUAUGAAAGUAGAUUUGUUAAAGAGAUUUGAGACCUACAUUGUGUACGUUCUCAUUGGACCGACUUGUCGGAUAUUUUAAAAUACAGUCCGGUAUCAUCUGAGACUUAACUUAGGAAUAAAUAAUAAUUUCAUAUUAAAUAACGGAAUAAAAUAUGUUCUAAACGUGCUAACGUAAUGUUAAAUUAAUUAUGGUAACUAAAGCGAAAGCUUUCGUGGUACGCCGAAUGAUUUCGGACGGAACCGUAGCCCUUAAUUUAAGUAAAUUAAGUAAUUUAAGGCUCAAAUCUCGUCGAGAUGGGUCAUAAGUCAUAAUUUGAUCUUACGCCUUAAUAGGCUUAAAUUGAAAAUAAAUUUACUUAGAAUUUGGUCUUAAAAUGAGGCCAAAACAGACAAACUACGAUGAAAACAAUGCUUCGAGAGAACUUUAAGUUAUUUCAAUACAUUUUUGACCUAUGUCGUAGUGAUUAGACGAUUGGCUGUCACACUACGCAUUGCAGAUACAAUUCUGCCCAGAAAUCAUAGUCUAAACCAGACUGAGUGAUAUUUCAUAGUAGAAAAAUUUGGAAUUAUAACAUGACUAAUUAAAGCCAGGAAUACACUAGCGGUGUCACUAAAUAUGUCAAGAAAAAGAUGUAGAUAAAAGGUCAUAACAUCAGUAGAUACUUAUAAUGUAUCCCUAGCUUUAUAUUUUCUUUUAGUCCAUUGAAAUGUUACAUGAGAAGUAAGGUUAAGAGUAGUAAGGUUAAGGACUCACGAUGUGAUCUCCCGGCCGUGGUGGC